UAAAAAGAGGGUGGAAGAGGAACAACUGACAGGCUCCAGAGCAGAGAACAGUGGGCAGUUGAAGAGGCAGCCAGAGCACGGAGAAGCCAACGGCAAUUCCAGGGAGCAGGAAGAGAAGCAGCAGAAGUCUUGGCGUCUGAACCCUAGCUGAGCCAAGAUGGGCGACUGGAGCUUUCUGGGAGAGUUUCUCGAGGAAGUACACAAGCACUCCACGGUGAUCGGCAAGGUCUGGCUCACUGUCCUCUUUAUAUUCCGCAUGCUUGUGCUGGGCACGGCUGCCGAGUCUUCCUGGGGGGAUGAGCAGGCUGAUUUCCAGUGUGACACCCUUCAGCCUGGUUGCGAGAACGUCUGCUACGACCAAGCCUUCCCGAUCUCCCACAUUCGCUACUGGGUGCUGCAGAUCAUCUUCGUCUCCACGCCCUCUCUGGCGUACAUGGGCCACGCCAUGCACUCGGUGCGCAUGCAAGAGAAGCGGAAGCUACGGGAGGCCGAGAGGGCCAAAGGGGUCCAGGGCGCUGGGUCUUAUGAAUACCCGGUAGCCGAGAAGUCCUGCUGGGAGGAAGUGCAUGGGAAGGUUGUGCUCCAGGGCACUCUGCUCAACACCUAUGUCUGCAGCAUCCUGAUCCGCACCACCAUGGAGGUGGCCUUCAUUGUGGGCCAGUACCUUCUCUACGGGAUCUUUCUGAAAGCCCUGCACGUCUGCCGCAGGAGUCCCUGCCCCCACGCUGUCAACUGUUAUGUAUCCCGGCCCACGGAGAAGAAUGUCUUCAUUGUCUUUAUGCUGGCUGUGGCGGGACUAUCCCUCUUCCUCAGCCUGGCCGAACUCUACCACCUGGGCUGGAAGAAGACCAGACGGCAUUUUUUCAAGUCGGGGCAGGACCUGGCUAAGUGUCAGCUUCCUGGCCUUUCUGGGGGCAUAGUCCAGACCUGCACGCCACCCCCUGACUUCAGUCAGUGCCUGGAGGAUGGCCCUGGGGGAAAAUUCUUUAGUCCCUUCAGUAAUAAUGUGGCCUCACAGCAGAACACAGACAACCUGGCCACUGAGCAAGUGCAAGGCCAGGAGCAGAUUCCUGGGGAGGGUUUCAUCCACAUUCAUUAUGGCCAGAAGCCUGAGGUGUUAAACGGAGUCUCAUCAGGUCAGCAACUCUCCCAUGGCUACCAUAGCGACAAACGUCGUUUUAGCAAGGCCAGUAGCAGGGCCAGGUCAGAUGACCUAUCAGUGUGACCCUCCAGCAUGGGAGGACUGGGACCAGUUGGGAAUGAAGGAGGCUCAGAGAGGGAAGAUGUGCCCCUUCUACUCCCUGCUUCCUCAUUCUCAUCAUUGUUGUGCUCCUUUUGGUCCCUGGGUCUUAAUGACAUUGCUUAUUAAUUUCAGAAGGUAUAACCAGGGCUUUGUGAGUGUAGUCAGAGACAUGGCUACCCACCCAGAUUGCUGCCUCCUUCCCAUCCUCUACCCAGUAAACUCAAUGAAGCCUUUCAGAUUACUCAUUGAACAGGGUAGAGGAAGGGAAGGGAACUAUGGCAAAACCUGGUCUGGAAGGGAUAGCCAGAGAGACAGAAUCUACGUACCAGCAAUAUAUUAGAUGUGUUCUCUAAGUCUCUAUGGCUUCCUUGACCCAAUUACCCUCCCUCUUCCUAAGGAAAAGCCCCAAAUUCCCAGCCAAUAGAGAGCAUGAAUCAGGGAACUUCCAGUAGAUGUGCUCUUGAAUCUGUUGUCUCCAUGGGUCAUUCCUUGGAGUGGUGGUGAGAUGGCCUUGGUCUGCCCUUGGCUGCCUCUCCUUCUACCAGUGUUUAAAAGGGGUCUUUAGAACUUGAUCAGCAGCCUCAACUUUACAAGUGCCUUGGUAUGUAUCUUAGGCAAAUGUCCUCCCUUGUUGAUGCUGCAGUCUUUCCUCCUACUAGGGUGUACACACAGCCCAUGGGGGUGCCAGAUCCUCUAGGGAGUGACUGUACACACAGACUCCACUGGAAUUCCUGCCACCACCUGUCAUCUUGCAGCGCCUUUACAGUUCAGCCUGAUGAUAGAAACCAUCCCUUCUCUUCCUCCCUUGGCUGUUCACCCAGUGCUCCACUAAAGACCUUAUCAACAGAAAUGCCCAAGAAGCCAUCAUCCUUUCUCGGAUCCUGACCAGAUCACCAGCCACUGAGGCCAGUGGAAUUUCCCCCAGUCUUAUUAAAACAAAGAGGGCAUUGUGCUUCUCGUAUUCCUCUUGGGAAAAAAUAAUUCUGCUGUGAAGAUGAAAAUAAAAAAGGAGAGAAAACUCUGGAAAACUAUUUUUCUCUCCUAUUUAUUUCCCUUGCUGACUGCCAACUUAGAGUGCCAAGAUGAGGUGUGAUGACAGCCCCAGAUCGCUUGUUCCCUAGAAGCUUUAGCAGGGGCAUGUAAGCAGUAGGGGAAUCUCUAGCUUUCUUGGCAGGUUCCUUAUUUAAAGAGCACAGAGAUUCCUACAUCUCCCUGAUACCCCUAAUGAGACUGCUAAGCGGGGCUGCAGAAAAGCCCUGCUUUCCUUAGGGACUGGCCUGGUUUCUCUAUUCACUGGAUCCAUAUAGGGUGGCUGCCAUUUUGAGUGAAGGUAAAGGAUGCUCAGAAUUGAAUACUGAGACUUACAAAGAGAUGAUUACAUUUUAAGUGUGUGUGUGUGUGUG